UACCCGGAAGCCAAGAGACGGAAGUGGGGGUGGGCUGCCUGUCCUCGGGGGGCGGGGAAGUCCAGACCAAAGAGGAGCCACAACAACUCGACCCUGACUCCUACUUCCCCCGACCCGGAGGCAUAUACUCACCCAGAGAGCCAGGGAAAGGAAGAUAACGCCUCCCCCGACGUCCCCGUCCCACCCUCAGCCCCCGCCAUGGCCGAGGCCACGGCCGGGCUGAGUGAGACCGUCACCGAGACAUCGGUUACUGUGACAACCGAACCCGUGAGGAGGACAGGGGAAAACCGUAGCCUAACUAUUAAACUUCGGAAACGGAAGCCAGACAAGAAGGUGGAAUGGUCAAGUGAUACUGUGGAUAAUGAACAUUUAGGACGCCGUUCAUCAAAAUGUUGCUGUAUCUAUGAAAAGCCUCGGGCCUUUGGUGAGAGCUCCACAGAGAGCGAUGAUGAAGAUGAUGAAGGCUGUGGUCACACUCACUGUGUUCGGGGCCACCGCAAGGGACAACGUCGUAUUGCCACUGGGCCCCCAACCACUCUUUCCCACCUCCCUAACCCCUCCCAACCCCCACCUGGGCCCAUGCAGCACUGAGCUUCACUCUCCUUCCCUUGUCCCUCCAUUUAUCUGGACCUGAAUGUGUCUGUGUCACUAUUUGGGGAUUAAACCCAUGGUUUGACCCCACCCCUACCCCCUCCCAUCCCCUCACCUUGCCUCUCCUCUAUCUGCUGGAGGGAAUGGGGAGGGAAGGGCAGGCAAAAAUCCUGGAGUCCUGACUUUGCUGCUAUUCCAGAACCCAGGCUUCCAGGCUCCUUCUACCCUUGAGGGACUCAGGCAUCUAGCUCCCUCAGCUCUCAUUCCUCUUCCUCCAUACCAUCCCUGUUCUCAGGGACCCAGGCAUCUUUUAUCCUACUCUCCAGCCCCAUUCUUAUCCAGCCCUUUGUUCUCACUGCCAAAUUCCCUUCCCUGGAGUUCAAAUCCUCCCAGCCCUCAAUCCCUUGUUCUCUGAAUCUCUAGCACACUUAAGAGUGGGCUUCAUUAUAAACCCCAGCUUUCACUGCCAGGCCUCUAUCCCAUCCAAGACCCAGAUAUCCACUCCCCUUAAUGGCCAGUUGCCCUGCUACCAAGCUGUACUCUAAUCCUGGCUUAAAACACCUACUCCAAAGUAUUAUGCAAUCCUAAUUCUUACUCAUCAGCUGGGAAGGGAUUCGGGUUAUGUCUUAAAAUCUCAUCAGUAGGUUGGAAGAUGUCUACCCCUUCCAAAGAGGCUGACAGCAGAGAGUUCCCACUCCUCAUCCCUUUCUUAACUACUACUCCGCAAAAUGUCUUCAGAAGGGGUUGAAGGGAGAAGGGCAGUCUCUCUCAGUUUUUGUGUCCUUUCUAGGGCUUUUAGCAAAGGAAGCUGAAAUUCUGGUUGCCUGGAUUUGAUUCCCUCAGCUUUCUGGUUUUCCCAUUGCAGAGGUUGGAUCCAGUAUAAUAUUGAGGGGCACCUAGGAGGGGAUGAAGAGGGAUCAAAGAUGUUGGUAUUCCUUCUACCCACCCUGAUCCCAAAUAAGCCCAGAAGAACAACACCAACUAAUAGGCCCCUCUCUCUAUUCAAUACCUGGGAGUGAGUCAUCCACUGUCUCCUAUGUUCUUCCACUUGUCUGCAAAGGUCAACCAACUCCACCUCUUCACUGAGAUUUCAUUUAUUGCUACAGGUUCUCAAAAUAAAUAACCCAACAUCA